AUGGAGUCCAAGGGGUUCAAAGUCAUCAUCGUCGGUGGAUCUAUCGCUGGACUUACCCUAGCCCAUAGUCUCAGCAAAAUUGGCAUCGACUAUGUGGUCUUGGAAAAGCGAGCUCAAGUCGCCUCCCAGGAGGGUGCUUCCAUCCUCAUCCAACCUCAUGGGGGUCGCAUACUGGAGCAGCUAGAGCUUUUCAAGACAGUCGAACAGUCAAGCGAACCACUAAAUACUACUCAUUACCAGAUUUGGGCUUCCUCUUGCCUUUUGGAACGACAAAAGCUGUUACAGAUUCUCUUUGACAGUCUACCUGACAAAUCCAAGAUAUUAUGCGGUGAAAAGGUCACCCAGAUUGAGGAUCGCGAGGAAACCAUGACUGUCCACACAGAAGAUGGCCAUACCUAUAAAGGUGAUCUGGUGGUUGGAGCAGAUGGCGUACACAGUCAAGUACGCGCAGAAAUGUGGCGACUAGCGGAGGAAAUGAAACCAGGCGUCAUCUCUGAGGCGGAAAGAAACAGUAUGACGGUGCAGAACGCCUGUGUUUUCGGCGUUUCUAGCGAUGUGGUUGGUUUGGCACCUGGACAGCAGGUGUGCAGCUUUAAUGACAACAGAUCAUUUUUAACGUUCACGGGAAAGGAUGGACGUGUUUUCUGGUUCUUGGUAAAGAAGUUGGAGCAGAAAUACUCGUACAACAACGCUCCCCGAUUCACGUCAAAGGACAUCGAGCCGAUUUGUCACCCGUUUAUGAGUGAUACAAUUAUUGAGAACACCCGGUUUAGCGAUCUGUGGGCUCGCAAACAGAUGUGUUCGAUCACAGCUUUGGCGGAGAAUGUCUUUCAAACAUGGAGCCAUCGGCGCAUAGUGUGCAUCGGAGACAGCAUGCACAAGAUGACACCAAAUUCAGGGGAGGGGGCAAAUUGUGCCAUCGAAGAUGUUGCAGCGCUAGCCAACCUGCUGAACGAGCAUGCGGCUACGAAUGCGAGACUUCAUAAGCUCUCGACGAAAGAGCUAAGCACUCUGCUUGAUGACUAUGGUAAAACUCGGUUUGGUCGGAUUAGCACGAUAUAUAAUGUCUCGCGCCUUGUCGUGCGACUUCAUGGCCGGGAUACCUUGCCCCUGCGCCUGAUUGGACGAUACUACAUGCCUCGUUCUGGGAAGCUGCCUGUAAAUGUGGCUUCCAAAAUCAUUGCAGGAUCUGUGGCAUUGGAUUUUCUUCCACUGCCCCCUCGGUCAGGUCCGGGUUGGGAGACUUUUAAGCCAAAGGAAAGCAGCCCAAGAUGGUGGACUGUGGUGGCUGCAACUUCAACAAUACUGAUAGUGUCAAUAUGGCUGUGGAAAUUUGUUCUGGAGAAAUAUAGAUGCUAA